GUAGCAAGCGCCGGUAUCUCAUUUACGUUGACCAUAGACUUGGCGACGUUGCGCUAUUCCAUCAUCAUAUAAAACCCCGCAUGCAACCCCGCCAAUACCCUUCUCCUUUCCACCAACCCAUUGUCGUCGCAUCAUGCUGGAAGGAAUACUACCUGCCCCUCUGGAGUCUUAUGCGCCUCUUCUCGCUGCCGGCGUAGCGAGUGUCGCGGUUUUCAUCGGGCUGUGGACUCGCAGGUCCCGUCGUUAUCCCCUUCCCCCCGGACCGAAGUCAAGCUGGUUUGGAAAGGUGAAGAUGCCUAAUGCUCCUCCCUGGCGGACAUAUUCGAGUUGGCAAAGUAUAUAUGGGGACAUCAUUUACAUCUACGCAUUUGGAAACCCUAUCAUCAUUCUCAACUCGGCCAAGGCGGCGAACGACCUGUUGGAUAAACGUAGUGCCAAAUACUCUUCUAGACCGGUGCGCAUCAUGGUACAAGAAUUAAUGGGUUUGGGGUGGCUCUUCUCGUCAAUGCCCUAUGGAAAUAACUGGCGCAAACACCGUGCACUAUUCCAGAAGCACUUCCACUCCAAUGAGGCAUCCACACACCAGCCCACGCAGAUCGAAGAGACUCAUGCCUUGCUGCGCAACUUGCAUCGCAGCCCGGACAAACUUGCUCACCAUCUGCGAAGGAGCUUCGCCGCGUUGGUCAUGAAGAUCUCCUACGGUCACCAGAUUGAAGAAGAAGGCGACAUGUAUGUCGGUUUGGCCGAUCAAGUGUUGGGCUCCCUCUCGCGCGCAGGACUCUAUGGCACAUACCUGGUGGAUUACAUCCCUCUUCUGAGAUACGUACCAGCAUGGAUGCCAGGUGCGGGCUUCCAGAAACAAGCGAGGGAAUGGCGCAAGAACUCCCUUGCUAUGAUCAACAAACCGUAUGAGAUGGUCAAGCAAAAGAUGGCGUCGGGCACCGCGGUACCUUGUUUCACCACCCUGGAGCUGGAGGAAUGGAACAGAACAGGACAGGAUGCGGAACAUGAAAUACUGAUCAAGCAGGUGGCUGCAAUUUCUUACGGAGCGGGAACCGAGUCGAACCUGUCUGCUCUGCUAUCGUUUUUCCUUGCUAUGAUGGUCCACCCCGAGGUCCAGCGCAAGGCUCAGGCUCAGAUAGACAGUGUGAUUGGGCCUGAUCGUCUCCCUGAUUUCUCCGACCGCGACCAAUUACCCUAUGUGGACGCUAUCGUCUGGGAAUGUUUACGCUGGAACCCGUCUCUGCCCUUGGGUGUCGCGCAUUAUACGACUGAGGAUGACGUUUACGAAGGAUACUACAUUCCCAAGGGAACGACGGUCCUAGCAAACAUCUGGAAUAUUCUACAUAAUCCGGAAGUAUACCCUGACCCAUCGUCAUUCAACCCGGAUCGCUUCGAGGAUCCGAAGAAGAGCGCGGAGACUGGCAUCAACAUAUUACCGGACGAUGCAUUUGGCUACGGAAGACGGAUGUGCCCUGGUCGCUGGCUUGCCUUUGACACUUUGUGGAUCACCCUCGCCUCCAUUCUCGCCGUAUAUGAUGUCCAGAAGCCAGUCGAUAAGGACGGUAAUAUUAUCGAACCCGAAGUUGGCUUCACGUCUGCUUUGUUCAGCCGUCCAAAACCUUACUCGUGCAAAUUAGUCCCUCGCUCCGAAGCUGCACUGGGCCUGGUUCUGCAAACCAAAGACUAGUGACCCUUUUGAGUAUUGUGUCUUUUUUGUCGAACUCUUGUAUUCUAGUUAGAAGUGUUGUACGACUGAGAGCAAGUUGAGUGGCUAUUGACAUCCUACGGAUUCCUGACGUUUCGUUGCAUUCAUUGAUCAAGGUUUCAUG